AUGCCGCCGAAGUUGGACCCGAGCCAGAUUGUCGAUGUCUACGUCCGUGUAACGGGAGGAGAAGUCGGAGCCGCCAGUUCUCUAGCUCCGAAGAUCGGUCCUCUCGGUCUCGCUCCAAAGAAGAUCGGAGAAGACAUCGCCAAGGAAACCGCCAAAGAGUGGAAAGGGCUUCGUGUCACCGUGAAGUUAACGGUGCAGAAUCGUCAGGCGAAAGUCACGGUGGUUCCAUCUGCUGCAGCUCUCGUCAUCAAGGCGUUGAAGGAGCCAGAGAGAGACCGCAAAAAGGUUAAGAACAUUAAGCAUAAUGGUAACAUCUCUUUCGAUGAUGUUAUUGAGAUUGCUAGGAUUAUGAGGCCUAGAUCUAUCGCCAAAGAGCUUAGCGGAACUGUGAGGGAGAUUCUGGGGACUUGCGUCUCUGUUGGAUGCACUGUUGAUGGAAAAGACCCAAAGGAUCUUCAGCAGGAGAUUCAAGACGGUGAGAUCGAUAUUCCUCUGAACUAA